UAAAUUCUCCUCCCUGCCAAGUUGGUGGCGAUAUACACAAAGUAUACAAAUGGCAAAAACAAAAGAUGAUGUCUGUGAAAGUAGAGAUUUAUAGUAAGACAAAUACAUAAAUAUUGCUUUCUCUCUAACCCACACCUAUCUUAUCCCUUCAGAUUAAACCACUAGUCAUAUGGAUUACUUUUAUGCUGCCUUUAUAUGCUUUUUGGACCUUCAAAAAAAAAAUGUUUUAUCACCAUCCACUUGCAUUGAAUGCACCUACUGAGCGGAGAUAUUUUUCUAAAAAUCAUUGUGUUCUGCAGAAGAUAUGAAAGUCAUAAACAUCUGGGGUGGCAUGAGGGAGAAUAUAAAUUUUUGGAUGAACUAUUCACUAUUAAUGUGCAAAAAGACAAGUAUUAUACAUGUCACAGAUUAAAUAACGACCCUAACUCUGUAUGUCUUAAACCACUAACACAUGCACUUGAAAUAUUCAAUAUGACAGCUCUUCAAUCGUAGACAACCUCCAAUAAUCAUAUUGAUUAGUACACUAAAUAUAUCAUCCAUUCAUUUUUCAUAACAACAAACGCAUUAUAAUUCUUUUUUCACUACAAAAUAUUUUAAGCCAAUUAGCAAGGUCAAGCUGCAGAACAGCCGCAAGGAGACAUGUUCCUCACCCCUGGAUUGCAAAACCAAAAAGAGAUCACUACAGAGUGUAUGUAUUGACAGCUCUUGAUACAAACCGCUAUAUAUACACACAGUGCAUCCGGAAGCGCUUCACUUUUUCCACAUUUUGUUAUGUUACAGCCUUAUUCCAAAAUUUAUUAAAUUCAUUAUUUUCCUCAAAAUUCUACAAACAAUACUCCAUAAUGACAACGUGAAAGAAGUUUGUUUGAAAUCUUUGCAAAUAAAAAAAAAAAGAAAAAUGAAAACAAAAAAAUCACAUGUACAUAUGUAUUCACAGCCUGAAGCACCUUUGGCACCAAUUACAGCCUCAAGUCUUUUUGUGCAUGAUGCUACAAGCUUGACACACCUAUUUUGGGGCAGUUUCUCCCAUUCUUCUUUGCAGGACCUUUCAAGCUCCAUCAGUUUGGAUGGGGAGUGUCGGUGCACAGCCAUUUUCAGAUCUCUCCAGAGAUGUUCAAUCGGAUUCAAGUCUGGGCUAUGGCUGGGCCACUCAAGGACAAUCACAGAGUUGUCCCGUAGCCACUCCUUUGUUAUCUUGGCUGUGUGCUUUGGGGCGUUGUCCCACACACAGCAGUUAGUUCCGGUCCUCGAAUCUGAUUGGACGAGAGAUGUUCCAUGAGCAUUGAUGGUCUGACACCAUCAGCACUCCGACACUUCACUGAAAAUUAGGCCACUGGUGGGAUUUCACUGAGCUUCAGGGUUUAAAGACUGAUGGGAGAUUCCUCACGUCUUUCUCUUCCUUAUACAGAGUAUUUUUUAAAUUGAAGGCACAAUCAUCGAUGGGGCAGCUAGCUUGGUUGGAGGGCUUCAGUAAGGCUGGCACUGUCACCCCUGCCAGACGCUGAUGUGAGUUUGGGCCUCAGGGCCUCAGGCUGACGUCUUGGCACUUUGAUGAGGUAAAAGCGGUUCCUGGAAGCCCAUCCCCAGCGUCUUUACACUCCCUCCCUCUCCCCUCCUCCCUCCCCCUCUCGACUCAGCCAAGCCAUGGGACAGAAGAUCUCGGGGAGUAUAAAGUCUGUAGACGUGCGUGGGGAGCCGUCCUUUAGGCCCCUGAGGAGGGAACUGAGAGGGCCGGACUUUUUCAAGCCAGCCAGACUGGACCUACUACUGGACAUGCCCCCUGCUUCAUAUGAACAGCAGCUCCGACAUGCCUGGAACCCAGAUGACCGCUCCCUUAACAUCUUCAUCAAGGAUGAAGAUAAGCUUACCUUCCAUCGGCACCCGGUCGCCCAAAGCACCGACGGCAUCCGUGGACGGGUCGGAUACACGCGAGGACUCCACGUUUGGAGGAUCCACUGGCCGACCAGGCAACGGGGAACGCAUGCGGUGGUAGGCGUGGCCACAGUAGAUGCCCCACUGCACUCAGUUGGCUACACCUCGUUAGUCGGCAGUGAUAGCGAAUCCUGGGGCUGGGACCUGGGACGUAAUAAGCUCUAUCACAACAGUAAGAACCGUCCGGCCUCUUCCACCCACACCUAUCCGAGCUUCCUGGAACCAGAGGAGGCCUUUGUGCUGCCGGAUGCCCUGAUGGUGGUGCUGGACAUGGAUGAGGGAACAUUGAGCUUCAUGGUGGAUGGACAAUACCUCGGAGUAGCCUUCAGAGGCCUUAAGGGCAAAAAGCUGUACCCGAUCGUCAGUGCGGUAUGGGGCCACUGUGAGAUCACCAUGCGCUACAUCAAUGGCCUAGAUCCGGAGCCUCUCCCUCUGAUGGACCUGUGUCGUCGUGCAGCACGACUGGCUCUGGGACGUGAGCGUCUGCAGGAGAUCGAGACCUUGCCUUUGCCUCAGUCUCUAAAGAAUUACCUCCAGUACCAGUGAGAGCACAGGCCGUCACUUAGAGACACUCACAGACACAGAGAGGAAGCCUGAGGUGCUACUAUAGUGACACCAUCAGGCCGCAGAAGGAAAAUGUUUACAUUGUGGCUCACUGGUGGAAUCUUAAGUUAGCUUUUUUUUGUUUGUUUCAUUUUUAUUUAGAUUUUUUCUCCUUGAUUAAAUUAUUGACGGCUUUGGAAGAAGUUCAUGGGAAAGUGUGACACACGGCUGAACAGCGGGUGCUCUGCAGACCUGCAGCACCUCCAGGUGUACACCUAUGACAGGAAGUGGUGUUUCAUAAAGCACAUUAACCUUUGGAUGCCUUUGAAAGCCCACAGUAAUAAUAUUUUCGCUGCUUCCCUGGAUGUAAAGCCUGCAGAGCACAGUAAAAGGAGAUGUAGGCAGCUGUAUGUAGGGCACAGCCGACUCCAACUCAAAAUCUAACAGCCCUGGAAGGUGCCAAGGUGGUAGGUGCAGUACCUACACACAGGAGCACCAGGUGACAUUAAUAUACGGACUAACAAAAGUCAUUUUACCAUUUGCUGGAUGUGUAUUCCCAAGGACACAUGCAUACACACAUAUUCGACCAACAAUCAUAUACGGAUUCACUUUUUUUUCCUCUGUGGGCUUGAGUCACUUUUCUAUCUGAAUUUGUAUCCUGAUUUUAUCGUGCGCGUGAACUUUCGGUUUUGAUAAUAGUUUUAUUGAGAUGUUUUGGCUAUCUUUAAUUUUAUUGAUCAGGUUCUAGUUCCUUUUUAAUGAACUGAGAAUGUGUGAACUAGCACAUAGAUAUUGAACAUUAUUGUACACUCAUCACAUAUGGCUUCCUAUUUUAAACUGGGAUGCUGCUUUUAUUAUUAUUAUUAAUUAUUAUUAUUAUUCUGUCUGAAUGCUCAGAUAGAAGUCUGAUGUUCUGAGGCACACAAUGGAAUGUAAAGAUCUUGCUAGCGUUAGCAUAUUUGAAAUGUGAAUAAAAGCCAAGUGAAUGAGAAGGAUGUCUUUAACAAUUUUGUCUGAGACAGAAGAUCACUGGGUGUGUGUUUUAACAAGUAAGAACAGUAGGGCCAAUUUACAUUACAGCACUUCUUUGUUCCACGUUUCAGAAGGUUCCCUCCUUUCCCCCUUUUUUCUCUCUCUCUCUGGUUUCUGUCCCUGUUUCUCUCUUGUCUGACUCCCACUCUAUCACAGUCUAAGGCUGAAAAG